AUGCCUGCUGGCUCAAUCAACACCUGGCUAACUAGAACUGCCUACAUGUGGUUGUGUGUGUUGGAACGCAUGGAUGAUAGCGUGGUCUCUAUCCUUUGCAAUCAUACGUUUCAUGCCGGUUGUAUUGAACAGUGGACUGACACUACGCACUUCGAGCUUACAUCACACACGUUUUGUCUUCAAGUCGGAGGCCAGAGAGUGUGGGACUAUGCUGGCGACAACUACGUUCAUCGACUCAUACAAUCGGACGUAGAAGGAAAGGUUGUGGAAUAUCAACGAGGUGAUCGUGAGGCAGAGUCGGACGAGAAAAAGGAGAAGUUGGAUGGAAUAAAAUUGGAGUACACAUGUCUACUGACUAGCCAGCUCGAAAGUCAACGAAUGUAUUUUGAGGCCCGCUUAGCUGACAUGGAACGAGCUAUGAACAACAUGGAGAAGAUGGCGCAGGCACAAUCUACGAACGAAUGCAAGGAGCUGCGAAAAGAAGUGCAAGAGGCGACGGCAACGAAACAAGCCAAUGAAAAGAAACAUUCACAAACGGUUAACAAACUUGCCAAGGUAACAGCAGAGCUGAAAGCGGAGCAGGAAAUGAACGAAAUGCUUCGUGCGGAUCAGCAGCUUUGGAAAUCGAAAGUCGUGGAACUGGAGAAUAAAUGUGUCACCAGUGAACAACAAUUUUCAAAGAGUUCACGAGAACAAAAAAGGUACCGUAUUGAACAGCGAGUGCUAAAUUACGCUUUUUGA